AUGUCUCUCAAUGAUAUGUCAAGUACUACUGUACCAGGUAUCAUGAGAUUCACUGGGACCUUGGGAGGACAGAAAAUUACAAUUUUACUGGAUGGUGGCAGCGAUGAUACAUUCAUCCAACUAAGAAUAGUAAAAUUCUUACAUUUGGAUGUUUUACCGGCUACCCCAUUAAAGGUUUUAGUUGGUAAUGGGCAAACAUUGCAAGUGGAGGGUAAAAUUCCAGAUUUAAAUGUCCAGGUACAAGGGUAUACCUUAAUGGUUCCUGCUUAUGUCUUGGUAAUUGCUGGUGUUGAUCUAAUUCUUGGAGCAUCUUGGCUUGCAAAACUGGGGCCACAUAGGCCUUAUUUUUGCAUUCGCUUUGUUCGACGUCUCACUCUUCUUAUCUCUGCGUGGCGUGAAGAAUUUGUGUCUCUUUUUCUCCAAGAUUGCUUUUUUCUCAAGCGAUUUCUUCUCUUCUACUCUCUAGAUUCAAUUGGUCGAUGUUUUGAGGAGGAACUAUCACAAAUUGCAUCUAGAGAAGCAUCUGGAUCUUCACUUGCAGUUGAUGAACUUUCGCAAGCAUCUGUUCUUGCACAAGAUUGGUUAGAUUUUUCUGCGCGAUAUACACAUUCAGGAACUGAAAGUGUUUCUGUGGCAAUGGAUGGUAUGGAACCCUAUUUAUCUCCUGGAGAAGAUUCAAAUGACGAGAACAUGUGGACAAUAGAGAUUGCAGAUGGGUCUUCCACCCUAGAUGGUGAAGUAGGGAAGAGGUUGAAUCAGAUGGUUCCAAUUCCACAUGUUCCUAGAAUUAAUGGUGAAAUUCCUUCAGUUGAUGAAGCUACUUCGGAUCAUCAGAGGCUUUUAGACAGGUUGCAACUAUAUGAGCUGAUUGAGCUUAAAGUUCAAGGAGAUGGUAAUUGCCAGUUUCGAGCACUAUCAGACCAAUUUUAUCGUUCUCCUGAGCAUCACAAAUUUGUAAGGCAGCAAGUUGUCAAUCAGCUUAAGUCUCACCCAGAAAUCUAUGAAGGAUAUGUUCCUAUGGCAUACGAUGAAUAUUUGGAAAAAAUGUCGAAGUCCGGCGAAUGGGGUGAUCAUGUGACAUUACAGGCUGCUGCAGAUUCAUAUGGAGUUAAAAUGGUUAUCUUUACAUCGUUUAAGGACACUUGCUACAUCGAGAUUCUACCUAUCAACCAGAAAUCUAAACGCGUUAUUUUCUUGAGCUUUUGGGCCGAAGUGCAUUACAACUCGAUCUAUCCAGAUGGAGAGCAACCAACAACUGAAGGAAGGAAGAAAAAAAGAAGUGGUGGAACUUUGGAAAUACUAAGCAUUAGACUUGCAUUUCAAUGAGAUAUAUAUAUAUAUAUAUAUAUAUAUAUGGAAUGACAAAUAUCAUCACAUUGCUCAGUGAUGCAGAACAUGGAUAAAAGCAAAGAUAAAAACAAGUUAAAGAGGUGCCAAUUAUUGGUCUUGUAACAUAUACAUUAUUUUUAUUUGUUGGAGUAUCUAUACACUUUUCUUUUUAAUAAUAAUGAAACAAAAAUUUAUAUU